UUUGUGCAUUAAUUAAUGGUUAAUUUUAUUUUCAAAGAAAACUGAAGCGAUUUGCCAAAAUUCAGAGAUUUUGGAAGAAAUAUUGAUAAUGGAGAUUCGCGAGAGACUUUGUCUUUGGGAUCAGAGAUUAGAUUUGCAAUUCUGAGGACUCGAAGCUACAAAACAAGCAUGGGAAGAAAUAGCUUCAAUUCUUGGUAGAUACACUUUCCAUUUGUAAAUAAAGCUUGUGCUGAAAAUUUACGGAAUACAAAAUUAAGAUUUAUUUUAUGCAAUAUUUAUUGUUUUUUUAUGCAAUAUUUAUUGUUUUUGACACAGAUCAGGAAUCGAAAGUGCUGCAGAAGAAGUGGAAAAAUCUUCGGGAUACAUUCCGUCGGAAGCAGCAGGAGAUGAAAGCGUACGUUCCCAGUGGAAGUGGAGCUGGAAAGAAGUCAGAUGACUGGAAAUUCUAUCAUCUUAUGGAAUUUUUUAUACCGACAUUGGAUUUCCGAAAAACACAUAGCAACCUAGGUGGAUUCUCAAGGAACGAAAAUUCAUGCCCGAGUCAUGAAACAUCCUUGAGAUUUAUGCCGAUCACGACUUCCACGGACACUCUACUUCUUUCGCAGUCGCAGCCUUUUAAGACGGCAGUAAUCCAAAGUAUGCAUACAUACCCAAACCAAAAAUUGUAAAGUCUAUUUUAUUAUCUCCGCCGACUUCGUACUCCUCGUCACCAAAGCCACAAACCAGUGCAUCAUCGUCAAUGUUUCAAAUUCUCCAUUGACAUGUAUAUCGGAGAGAGCUUCGUCAAGUAGCACUCCAUCUGGUCUAUCAAGUCCGGCUCUAUCUACUGUAUCAGAUACCAGAAAGAAACGUAGCCGAAGCAUAUCAAUAGAACGAGCAGCACAAGAUGCUAAACGAAUGCAUGAAGAAGACAAAUUUGAGAAUUUAUUGUCUCAAAUUAUUCAACCGCGUAGUGAAGAACAGACCUUCUGUUCUUUUUUACAAUCUAGAUUAGAAAAACUAGAAAAGAGAUAUUAUAUGCGCAUUACACAUACUAUAAUGCAGGAAGUAAUAAAGAUUGAAUUAGAACAAUCCGAAAAUUAAUAUAAUAAUAUUAUUAACUAAGACUUUAUGGCUAAUUUAUUAUAUAACUAUUAUAUAUUAUAUGAUUGAUAUAUUUAUAUGUAUUUAGAAACAACAAAUAUAAUAAAAACUG